GAACUUGGGGCCCAUUUUCUUCCGAGUGGCCUUACAUUGUGCGAGGACCCUAACGUGUGGCUCUGUCGUCGUCAGACAGACCUCUGUUAUUUCGCCGUGGGACCAUCAAGUCCAACCCUGGCGUCGUUGUACGGAAAAGCAAUGACGAGGCGGUGCAUGGUGCACAGUGUGUUCGCGCCGGGGCCGGGUGGUGUCGUGAGUCAUGACUUGUCGAUCUAAUAGUAACAGCCUUGCUCUCGCCGACGGAAGUUCGGAGACCUUACACUGCCACCAGACAGACCUACUCGUUGCUUGCUUCACGGGAUGAUGGGGACGAAAAGAAAAGCCAUGACAAUCAUGCGGCGGUGUGAGCGCCGGCCUAUACUUGUCCAUCUGACAGGGUUCGAAGGGUUUUAGGGACGCAUUUAAAAGGUAAUUGAUCAACGUCCCUUCGCCUCCACAACCUACGACUAUUAUUAGGAUGCCCUCUUUUCUUGCUUGCAGCGUGGCCAUUCUACUUUUUUGCACGGGUUGUGUUUACGCUACAAUUCCGCAUGAGGAUCUCGCACGCAAAUAUGCGCCUCAGUUUCGUUUGCAUCCAAGUGAAGCCUUCUUGCCGAGCUCUAUCGAGUUUAUGUUUCCGAACUUCAAGGUGUAUGACGACAAAGGAAACCUCGUCCCCAACCAGCCACCUCUCCUUACGAGCACGAACCUUGCGUCGUCCUUGCCAAGCAAUGGCCAAGGAACUUUCCUUACCGUCCAAAAUUAUACGAACGCUCUGGGGACGUUCCUUGCUGGAAAGAACCCAAAGACGACUCGUGUUCCCGUCUAUACCUUCAUCGCUCCCAAAGGAAAUGGAGUGGUAGACUUCUACUAUUGGACGUACUAUCCGUGGAAUCAAGGAAAGAUAGUAAAAGCGGUUGGAGAAGUUGGUGACCAUGUGAGUGACUGGGAGAGAAUGUCUGUUCGGACUGUCAACGGCGUUGCCGUGAGCGCGGAUUACAAUGCUCAUUCGGGAGGAAGUCAGUCUACCGGGACCAUACGCUGGGCUGACGUCCCAAAAGUACCUGGCGAGGAUCGCCCUAUUGGGUGGGUAGCACAGGGUUCACACGGCAUUUGGAACUCCCCUGGAAAGGAUGUGUACCAGAAUGUCAGCUACGGUCAACUCACCGACCAACUUGUUGAUGUCACGGCUAAUGGUGGUCCGAAAUGGGAUGCCAAGGCAAACUUGUUCCCCAUAAUGUAUAUCCCAGGGGGACCUUACAAGGGUACAUUUUCGUGGCUCAACUUCCAGGGCAAGUGGGGUAACAGAGGAUUGACAAAUUGCUGGUGGUACCACAUAGCACCGGAAUGCUCCUUGGUCGAUGGACCCGUUGGACCCGCUCGAGAUCUCAUGAGUGGGCCACCUUCGAACACUAUCGCAACCGCUAUCUCCUCAAACAACUCCAUCUACAACGUUCAUAUUUCCCCUAAGUCUAAUAGGCCAAAUUAUGUUGGGGUCACCCAAAUUUGUGCAUGGAUGGAGGGGAACGCAACCAAGACAAGUGCCACCUUUGAAUCUGUUCGGUCUACAGGGCAUCCCUCAAAAACACUACACAAGAUUAUCGUCCCAGGAUGUGGCGCAGGGCACUUUGUGGACUCGUUCGAAGUUUCGGCCUGCAAGAAUCGCACUCAGAAUAGCUGUGAUUUCAUGAGAAAUGCCACGCGUGCCAUCCGGGCUUAUCUUCCCGGGAAGAGCGGAAUUGUGGCCGCCUCCGCUGUUCAAGUUUCGGACCCCGAUUAUUGGAGGUGGGAAUCAAAGCCAUGUGUUGACGUGGGGCUUUUUUUCUGACCAUAUCCCCAACAGAAUUUGAGGCUUCAUUACGUGCAACUAGUUUCAGCAUUCUAAUGGACAUUUUGUGC